AUGGGAUUUAUCCACCUCGCCUCUCACCAAUACACGCGGGUUACCUCCACCUCGCUUCUAGCCAAUACAGGAGAUCUCUUCACCUCGCCUCUCACCAAUACAGGGGAUUUCUCCACCUCGCCUCUCACCAAUAAACGGGGGUUCCCUCCAUCUCGCUUCUCGCCAAUACAGGGUGUCUCUCCACCACGCCUCUCACCAAUACAGGGUUUUUUUCCACCUCGCUUUUCACCAAUACAGGGUUUCCCUCCACCUCGCUUCUCACCAGUACAGGAGGUCUCUCCAGCUCGCUUCUCACCAAUACACGGGGUUUCUCUACCUCGCUUCUCACCAAUACAGGGGAUUUCUCCACCUCGCUUCUUACCAAUACUGAAGUUCUCUCCACCUCGCUUUUCAUUAAUACAGGGUCUCCCUCCACCUCGCUUCUCACCAAUACAAGGGUUUCUCCACAUCGCUUCUCACCAAUACAGGAGGUCUCUCCACCUCGCUUCUCACCAAUACAGGAGGUGUCUCCAUCUCGCUUCUCACCAAUACAGGGGGUCUGUCCACCUUGCCUCUCACCAAUACAGGGGUCUCUCCACCUUGCCUUUCACCAAUACAGGGAGUUUUUCCAUCUUGCCUCUCACCAAUACACGGGGUUUCUCUACCUUGCUUCUCACCAAUACAGGGGAUUUCUCCAUCUCGCCUCUCACCAAUACAGGGGGCCUCUCCAUCUCGCCUCUCACCAAUACAGGGAGUUACUCCAUCUCGCCUCUCACCAAUACAGGGGGCCUCUCCACCUCGCUUCUCACCAAUACAGGGGGUCUCCCCACAUUGCCUCUCACCAAUACAGGGGGUCUCUCCACCUUGCCUCUCAUCAAUACAGGGGGUCUCUCCACCUCGCUUCUCACCAAUACAGGGGGUCUCUCCACUUUGCUUCUUACCAAUACAGGAGGUCUCUCCAUCUCGCCUCUCACCAAUACAGGGGGUCUCUUCAUCUCGCUUCUCACCAAUAAAGGAGGUCUCUCCACCACGCCUCUCACCAAUACAGGGGUCUCUCCAUCUCGCCUCUCACCAAUACAGGAGGUCUCUCCAUCUCGCUUCUCACCAAUACAGGAGGUCUCUCCAUCUCGCUUCUCACCAAUACAGGGGGUCUCUCCACCUCGCUUCUCACCAAUACAGGGCGUCUCUCCAAAUCAAUUCUCACCAAUACAGGAGGGGAUCUCUCCACCUCGCCUCUCACCAAUACAGGGGGCCUCUCCAUCUCGCCUCUCACCAAUACAGGUGGUCUCUCCACCUCGCCUCACACCAAUACAGGGGGCCUCUCCAUCUCGCAUCUCACCAAUACAAGGGGGCCUCUCCAUCUCGCCUCUUACCAAUACAGGAGGUCUCCCCACUUCGCUUCUCACCAAUACAGGGGGCCUCUCCAUCUCGCCUCUCACCAAUACAGGAGGUCUCCCCACUUCGCCUCUCCCCAAUACAGGGUGCCUUUCCAUCUCGCCUCUCACCAAUACACGGGGAUUCUCUCCACCUCGCCUCUCACCAAUACAGGGGGCCUCUCCAUCUCGCUUCUCACCAAUACAGGGGCCUAUCCACCUCGCCUCUCACCAAUACAGGGGGCCUCUUCACUUCGCCUCUCACCAAUACAGGAGAUAUCCCCACUUCGCCUCUCACCAAUACAGGGGGCCUCUCCAUCUCGCCUCUCACAAACACAGGGGGUAUCUCCAUCUCGCCUCUCACCAAUACAGGGAGUCACUCAAUCUGACCUCUCACCAAUACAGGGAGUUUCUCCAUCUCGCCUCUCACCAAUACAGGGGGGCCUCUCCAUCUCGACUCUCACCAAUACAGGGAGUCACUCAAUCUGACCUCUCACCAAUACAGGGAGUUUCUCCAUCUCGCCUCUCACCAAUACAGGGAGUUUCUCCAUCUCGCCUCUCGCCAAUACAGGGGGCCUCUCCAUCUCGCCUCUCACAAAUACAGGGGGUAUCUCCAUCUCGCCUCUCACCAAUACAGGGAGUCACUCAAUCUGACCUCUCACCAAUACAGGGAGUUUCUCCAUCUCGCCUCUCACCAAUACAGGGGGCCUCUCCAUCUCGACUCUCACCAAUACAGGGAGUCACUCAAUCUGACCUCUCACCAAUACAGGGAGUUUCUCCAUCUCGCCUCUCACCAAUACAGGGGGCCUCUCCAUCUCGACUCUCACCAAUACAGGGAGUCACUCAAUCUCAUCUCUCACCAAUACAGGGAGUUUCUCCAUCUCGCUUCUCACCAAUACAGGGGACCUCUCCAUCUCGCCUCUCACCAAUACACGGGGUUUCUCCACCUCGCUUCUCACCAAUACAGGGGGUUUCUCCACCUCGCCUCUCACCAAUACAGGGUGGCCUCUCCAUCUCGCCUCUCACCAAUACAGGGAGUCACUCAAUCUUGCCUCUCACCAAUACAGGGUGUUUCUCCACCUCGCCUCUCACCAAUACAGGGGGUCACUCAAUGUAG